AUGCUGCAAUUUGAUUAAGAGAAACCUAUUGGAAAUUUAUAUAAAAUUACUACUAAGCUUGGAAGUGGUUCAUUUGGAGAAGUUUUCAAAGGAGUAAACAUGGAAACUAAUGAGAUUGUAGCAAUUAAAUUGGAAAGUUAAGAAGCUCAAAUGCCUCAAAUUAAACAUGAAUUUUAAAUAUUAUCUGCAAUUUAAGGAAAUGGUAUUCCAAAAGUCCAUUGGUUUGGACAAUGGGAAGAUAAAACAGUGAUGGUUAUGGAAUUGUUGGGUUAUAAUUUAGAAUAACUCUUCAAUUUGGUUAAUAGAAGAUUCGAGUUAAAGACCAUGUUAAUGCUUAUAGAUUAAAUGAUAGAUAUAAUAUCUCUCCUCCAUUCAAAAGGAUAUAUAUAUCGUGAUAUUAAGCCUGAAAAUUUCUUAAUGGGAAUCAAUAAAAAAUAUAAUACAAUUUACAUAAUUGAUUUUGGUUUAUCUAAAAAAUAUAAGGAUAAAAAGACCGGAGAGCAUAUUCUUUAUAAAGAAAACAAAGGAUUGGUUGGAACAGCCAGGUAUGUCAGUUUAAAUACACACCUUGGUAUAGAGUAAAGCAGAAGAGAUGAUAUGGAAUCUUUGGGAUAUUUAUGGUUAUAUUUUCUAAAAGGAUCAUUACCUUGGCAAGGUCUAAAUGUAAAUAAUAGGGAGGAAAAAUAUGAAUUGAUUAAAACAAUAAAAUAAACUAUUUCAGUUGAAGAUUUAUGUCAUGGAUUGCCUCAUGAAUUUGUAAAGUACUUUCAACAUUGUAGAUAACUCAAAUUUGAAGAAGAACCAGAUUAUAAGAGGUUUAAAAUGUUGUUUAGGGAUUUAUUCUUUAAAUUAGAUUUUGUUUGGGACUAUUAAUUUAAUUGGAUUGAUUCACUCGAACAAGAAUAAAUCUAAUCUAUUAUGCACUCUAGAAAUAGCAAGAACUCUUUAUCAAGUCAUAAAGGAGAAAGUUAUAAUCUGAAGACAGAAGAGGAAGAUGAAAUCAUAGAAAAAAUUGAAUUCAAAAUUGGAGGGGAUAUUCAGGCAAACUAAAAAAACGUUAAACCAAUUAUUAAUAUAGAUAAACUCAUUAGCAAACCAAAUUUAUUUGAAAGUAUUUUCAAAUGAUUAUAAUCUUAAAUGAAAAUUAUAUGUUAAAGA